AUGCUGCCACAGCCAGAUCUCCUGCAGUGGCUGCUGCCCGUGCCCCAGCCAGAGCCCCUGCCAGAGAUGGUGGGCAUGCUGCCCCAGCCAGAUCUCCUGCAGUGGCUGCUGCCCGUGCCCCUGGGAGGGCUCCAGUUGCUGCCCCUGCCAGAGCUGGUGGGCAUGCUGCGAAUUCUCUUCCUGCUGCCCCUGCCGGAGCUGGUGGGCAUGCUGCCACAGCCAGAUCUCCUGCAGUGGCUGCUGCCCGUGCCCCAGCCAGAGCCCCUGCCAGAGCUGGGUGGUCAUGGUGUCCCAGCCAGAGCUAGUGGUCAUGCUGUUGCUGCCGCAGCGAGAGCUCCCACUGUGAAUCCUCUUCCUGGUGCCCCUGCCGGAGCUGGUGGGCAUGCUAUUGACCAUGGACGACAAGAUGGAGAGAGAAGGGCUCAGCGGAGAAGCAUUCCACUCACAUUUGAAGAAGAAUUAGAGGAAUAUAAGAGAAUCAGGCACCAUAAGUACGGAUAA